UAAAGGAAAAGGGGUCAUCAUCUGGAAAUGUAGUAGUGGCUCGUCAAUUGCCAUGGGUGCCAUGCCAGCGCUUAUUAUAAAGCAAGCCCUGAGCAGCGCAAGCCUGGAAAGAUUACUUACUUAGACGAUGGCCAUGGGCAUGGCCUCCCAGCAGAAUCAUAAUAAGCUUCCGUUCCCCGGCGUCCCAUGUUUCUGCACCAUCCUGCUCCUCAUCAUAAGCUCUCCUCUCUGCUGCUCUGCCGAAUCCAACCAGAAGAAUUAUUUGGAAGCCUACACCCUGGGAUCUAAAUUCAAGGAAACGGAUGGCUUGCUGUUCCUCACCAACUCAAGCAGUACGGUGUCAGUCAGAAGGGGUGCCCUGGGAUCUUACAUGGGAACUGACGAUCCAGCAUUCAACCUGUCCGCCAAUGGUUGGUUCUUCAUCCUUCAGCCAAUUUUUUUGUGGAAUUACAGGGAUUAUGGGACGGGCCUCAAUGAGGCGUCGUUCAACUUCAGGUUCACUAUGAGCAUCAACCAGACGAAAGCAGCAGAUAGCAGCCUUGCCUUCGCCAUCCACCCUGAUUCCCUCGCUGAUUCUUUAGGGUACCCCUCGUCUUUUCCACCCAAUCCCAAUGGGGCCUCCGACUACACAUCCAGCACUGUGUCCGGCAGCCAUAUCUAUGCACAGAUCAGCACCGUUUACGGGACAGCAGAUGAUCCGCGUAACAUUAGCUUGGUGCAGAUUGCCAUGGCGUCGCCGGGCAAUUCCUCCUCGAGGAGCAACUACAGUGUGUGGAUCGAUUACGACCACGUUGAGCACCGCAUGUCAGUCUCCGUCGAUGCUGUAGAUGGAACGCCGAGCACCGCCACCGCGAUCGUCAAGAUGAGCGACAUCAUGCCAACAACAGCAUCCUUUGGCUUCCACUCCUCGAUGGGGCAGCUCCUGCAGCUCGACUCAUGGAGCUUGACGGCCGAAAGGCUCCCCUAUUCCUUUCCGCUACCGCCGCAAGUAGGGACGACGCCGCCGGCGAAGGGGAACAGGAACAUCAUAGUGUUCUCGGUCCUUGGAUCGGCAGCUGCUGUCGCCAUCACCGCCGCCGCUGCAUACCUCUACUUCAACUCGAAGUACAGGAGGUGGAAGAAGGAGCAGGACAAGCUUGCCAAGACCAUGCAGCGCCUGCCCGGGGUGCCCACCCAGGUCGACUACGCCGACAUCAAGAGGGCCACCAAGAGCUUCCAUGAGAGCAUGAAGCUGGGGAAGGGUGGAUUCGGGGCUGUGUACCGAUGCACGCUUCCCGCUGCUUCCCUGAGAAGAGGGCGAGGGAUGGAGGUGGCCGUCAAGAAGUUCACGCGGGAUGUGGAGGACCAACGCUACGACGACUUCCUGGCGGAGGUCAGCAUCAUCAACCGUCUACGCCACAAGAACAUUGUCCCACUCGUCGGCUGGUCCUACAACAAAGGUGAGCCACUACUUAUCUACGAGUACAUGACCAACGGUAGCUUGGAUCAGCACCUCUUCCCGAGAGGCAUAAUAAUCUCCAUCAGGCGGCAGCAGCAGCAAGAAGAAAGCACAUGCCUUGGGCAAUGGCACACCCGCUACGGCAUCGCCAGGGACAUAGCUACGGGCCUGCACUAUGUUCAUCACGAGCACGAGCCGAUGGUGCUGCACCGCGACAUCAAGGCCAGCAACAUCAUGCUCGACUCGACCUUCCGCGCUCGCCUCGGCGACUUCGGCAUCGCCUGCACGGUCGCCGUCAACAGGAGCUCCGUCACCGGCGUCGCCGGCACCUUCGGCUACAUCGCGCCGGACUACGCGAUGAGGCACAAGGCCACGCGCCAGACCGACACCUACGCGUUUGGGGUGCUCAUCCUCGAGGUGGUCACCGGCAAGAAGAACGGGGACGUCGGGCCUGACGACGACCACAUCACGGAUUGGGUCUGGCGUCUUCACCGGGAAGGGAAGCUGCUCGAGGCUGCUCACGGCGUGCUCGCCGCAGCGGACGGUCAGCUGGACGACGACGACGAUGACGACGUCGUCGUCGACGAAGCUAAACGCCUGCUGCUGCUUGGAUUGGCAUGCACCAACCCCAACCCAUCCGAUCGCCCAAGCAUGGUGGAGGUGGUGCAGGUGCUCACCAAGUUGGCGCCGGCGCCGGACGUGCCCCUUGAGAGGCCAACGUUCGUGUGGCCGCCCGAGGAUUGGCGUUCGCGAGACCCUGUCUAUAGCACGGCAGGGAGUAACUGGGACGGGAGCUCUGCUACUAGCACGGUCGAGCUGGGGCAGACCAGUCAUAUAUCUGAGAUCAGCCAGGAACAGCCUCUCGUUGACUCUGCAAACACCUGAAAGUCUGAACCUGCAGCACUCUGCAUCAGUUGGCCAACUACGACCGGUGGACCACGCCCCCGGCGAGUUCGCACAUGUGCUUGAGUAAACAGAGUACUCUAUCCUGUUUGUGAUGAAUGAAUUGUCAAUCGUGCGGUGUGAUCGUACGCUUGGUCUUUGGAUUGCAGGUACACAAGCGUCGAGUGUCGACGGGGAGCUGCCGUGGAGGUGCU